GCGGAGGCCGGGCUAGGGCUGCGGGGAGCGAGCGUGAGGAGAGCCUGGCCGGACUGUACCGGGAGCCCAGCCGGGACUGUCGCGCGGGCCGCGCCGGCGAUGCCGCGCCCCCGGGCCAGGCUGUAGCGGGGCUGCGGCCGGAGCGCACGCGGCGGGCAGGCGGGCCAUGGAGGUGGUGGACGAGACCGAAGCGCUGCAGCGCUUCUUCGAAGGCCAUGACAUCAGCGGUGCCCUGGAGCCCUCCAAUAUAGACACCAGUAUCCUGGAGGAGUACAUUGGCAAAGAGGACGCCUCUGAUCUCUGCUUCCCUGAGAUCUCUGCACCAGCCAGCACUGCCUCCUUCCCCCACGGGCCACCGGCCAUUCCCGGCUCCAGCGGGCUCCACCAUCUGAGCCCCCCUGGGAGCGGACCAUCCCCUGGGCGCCAUGGCCCCCUCCCACCCCCGACCUACGGCACCCCACUCAACUGCAACAACAACAACGGCAUGGGCACCGCCCCUAAGCCCUUCCUGGGGGGCUCUGGGCCUCCCAUCAAAGCAGAGCCAAAGGCCCCCUAUGCCCCAGGCACACUGCCAGACUCGCCCCCAGACUCAGGCUCUGAGGCCUACUCCCCUCAGCAGGUGAAUGACCCCCAUCUUCUACGCACCAUAACCCCGGAGACUCUAUGCCACGUGGGAGUUUCUUCCCGCCUGGAGCACCCGCCCCCACCUCCAGCCCACCUGCCAGGCCCACCACCACCGCCACCUCCCCCACCUCACUACCCUGUCCUGCAACGGGACCUCUACAUGAAGGCUGAGCCCCCUGUACCCCCUUAUGCUGCCAUGGGGCCGGGUCUGGUGCCCCCCGAGCUCCAUCACACCCAGCAGACCCAGGUGCUACACCAGCUGCUGCAACAGCAUGGAGCUGAACUCCCUCCACACCCCUCUAAGAAGAGGAAGCACUCUGAAUCACCCCCCAACACCCUCAAUGCCCAAAUGCUGAACGGAAUGAUCAAGCAGGAACCUGGGACUGUCACAGCCUUGCCUCCACACCCUGCCAGAGCCCCAUCCCCUCCAUGGCCUCCUCAAGGCCCACUGUCACCUGGCACUGGAUCCUUGCCCCUCAGCAUUGCCCGAGCCCAGACUCCACCCUGGCACCCGCCAGGUGCACCCUCCCCAGGCCUCCUGCAGGACAGUGACAGCCUCAGUGGCUCCUAUUUGGACCCCAACUACCAAUCCAUCAAAUGGCAGCCGCAUCAGCAGAACAAGUGGGCGACCCUGUAUGACGCUAACUACAAGGAGCUGCCUAUGCUCACCUAUCGUGUGGACGCUGACAAGGGCUUCAACUUUUCCGUGGGCGACGAUGCUUUUGUGUGCCAGAAGAAGAACCACUUCCAGGUGACCGUGUACAUCGGCAUGCUGGGGGAGCCCAAGUACGUCAAGACACCGGAAGGCCUCAAGCCCCUGGACUGCUUCUAUCUGAAGCUGCAUGGUGUGAAGCUAGAGGCCCUGAACCAGUCUAUCAACAUUGAGCAGUCACAGUCAGACAGAAGCAAGAGGCCCUUCAACCCCGUCACGGUCAAUCUUCCCCCUGAGCAGGUCACAAAAGUGACCGUGGGGCGGCUCCAUUUCAGUGAGACCACUGCCAACAACAUGCGCAAGAAGGGCAAGCCCAACCCUGACCAGAGGUAUUUCAUGCUGGUGGUGGCCCUCCAGGCACAUGCACAGAACCAGAACUACACACUGGCAGCCCAGAUCUCAGAGCGUAUCAUUGUGCGGGCCUCUAACCCAGGCCAGUUUGAAAGUGACAGUGACGUGCUGUGGCAACGGGCGCAGCUGCCAGAUACGGUCUUCCACCAUGGCCGUGUGGGCAUCAACACCGACCGGCCAGAUGAGGCAUUGGUCGUCCACGGCAACGUGAAGGUCAUGGGUUCUCUUAUGCACCCUUCCGAUCUGCGGGCCAAGGAGCACGUGCAGGAGGUGGACACCACCGAGCAGCUGAAGAGGAUCUCUCGGAUGCGGCUGGUGCACUACAGAUACAAGCCUGAGUUCGCUGCUAGCGCAGGCAUUGAAGCCACCGCACCGGAGACAGGUGUCAUCGCCCAGGAAGUGAAGGAGAUCCUGCCUGAAGCUGUGAAGGACACAGGGGAUGUAGUCUUUGCCAAUGGGAAAACCAUAGAGAACUUCCUUGUAGUGAACAAGGAGCGAAUCUUCAUGGAGAAUGUGGGGGCUGUGAAGGAGUUAUGCAAACUGACAGACAACCUAGAGACUCGCAUUGAUGAGUUGGAGCGAUGGAGCCACAAGCUGGCCAAGCUGCGGCGCCUUGACAGCCUCAAGUCAACUGGCAGCUCAGGGGCUUUCAGCCAUGCAGGGAGCCAGUUUAGCCGGGCAGGCAGUGUCCCCCACAAAAAGAGGCCCCCUAAACUGGCCAAUAAGUCAUCGCCAGCGGUCCCAGACCAGGCCUGCAUCAGUCAGCGUUUUCUGCAGGGAACUAUCAUAGCUCUGGUGGUGGUCAUGGCCUUCAGCGUGGUGUCUAUGUCCACACUAUAUGUGCUGAGCCUGCGCUCUGAAGAGGACCUGGUGGAUGCUGAUGGCUCUCUUGCUGUGUCUACUUCCUGUCUUCUGGCCCUGCUUCGGCCCCAGGACCCUGGGGGGAGUGAGGCCAUGUGCCCAUGCAGGUCCAGCCAGAGCUUCGGGACCACACAGCUCCGACAGUCCUCCAUGACCACCGGACUACCAGGCACACAGCCCUCUUUGCUGCUGGUUACCAAGUCAGCCUCGGGUCCAGCUCUCCGUGCCUUGGACCUGUGCUCCAGCCAGCCCUGCCCCAUCGUCUGCUGCUCUCCUCCCGUCUCCAGUCCUGCUACAGAUCCUGCCCUUGGCCCCACUCUUACUCCUACUCCAAGCCCCAGCUCUAACCCCAAGCACUCAGGCCCUGGCCAGAUGGCCCCACUGCCAGUCACCAACAUCAGAGCCAAAUCCUGGGGCAUCUCAGCUAAUGGCAUCAGCUAUUCCAAGCAUUCCAAGAGCCUGGAACCUCUGGCCAGUCCUGUGGUCCCCUUUCCUGGAGGGCAGAGCAAGACCAAGAACAGCCCCAGCUUCAAUCUCCAAAGUCGAGCCCGCAGAGGAGCCCCGCAACCCAGCCCAAGCCCUGCCCAAUUCACACAGACCCAGGGCCAGCUAGCCUCUCUUCUUCCAGACCCAGCGCCAUCCCUGACCUCCAUCCAGCUGCUGGAGAAUUCCAUGCCUAUCACUUCUCAGUACUGUGUGCCAGAAGGUGCUUGCAGGCUUGGCAACUUCACCUACCACAUCCCUGUCAGCAGCAGCACACCACUGCACCUCAGCCUGACCCUGCAGAUGAAUUCCUCCACCCCUGUGUCCGUGGUACUGUGCAGCCUGACAUCGGAGGAGGAGCCCUGUGAGGAGGGAGGCUUUUUGCAGAGGUUCCACCCGCAUCAGGACACCCAGGGCACCUCUCAUCAGUGGCCAGUAACCAUCCUGUCCUUCCGUGAAUUCACAUACCACUUCCGGGUGACAUUGCUGGGUCAGGCCAACUGCAGCUCAGAGGCCAUCGUUCAGCCAGCCACCGACUACUACUUCCACUUCUACCGCCUGUGUGACUGAGCUGCCUCCUGAGGCAGUGCCACAGCCGGGACUGGAGUCCCUGGGCCCUCAACACUGGAUGCAAAUGUGUUACACUGGAGCCUGCUGCAGGCCAGCUCUCUGCUCUUCACUGCUUCCCUUGACUGGGGAGACUGGAAGUCCUUACACUGGAGUUGCUGGGCCAACUGGUCACCCUCACACAGCACAGAGGGGGCUAGAGGGAACAGCCUCCUGGGUCUUCCUUCUGGUCAUCUCCUUGGGGCAGCACAGGACCACUUCAUGGCUGUCUAGUUAUGGUCCCUGGAGGGCUAUUUGCCCACCUUCACUCUCCCUGCCUUCCCUUCUGAGUUGUGGUAGAGCAAAGACCCACAGGGGUUGGACCCAGACCUCUUAAAACCUGGCUGGACCCCCAUGAGUCCACGCAGAGUCAAUAACUCACCUGUCAUGCUGUUCCCAGGAGGGACAGCUUGGUAGGAACUUUCUGGGGUUUGACUGUUACACUAGACAUGGAUUUCUAAGCUUUAAGUGUGGUUGGUUUAGGAGAGUUUUCCUUGGGAGAGCUAGCCCUGAGGUAGUCAGGGCUAGCUCCGGAUGGCUGGAGAAGCUGACCUUGUGCCUUAAGUCUACUAGUGCCUGAUGGAGCCACCCUCAUAGGGCUGAACCAGUGGGGCUGACGGGCCAGGUCAGCCUUGGACCCUUGAUCCUGGAGGACCCUGGAAGGGGUGGUUCCCUGUAAGCUCCCAAGAUCUAUGUUCCUGGGAGUUUCCCAAACUCAUGAUGGAGUUGGUGACAAGAGCAGAGGAGCAAGAAUCCCUGCAAGCAGUAGACUGGUUUCCACUGGAGGGUGAAUGCAGAUACCUUUUAUUAACGAUAUACUUACUAAAUGCACUUAAACCAGGUACCAAGGAGUAGGACAGAACUGGAAAGCUGAGUGGGCCUCAGUGUGGAGAGGUACUAGUGGACAGGACUUUCAUGGCUUGGGUCCAUGCUCCUCCCACACCCAAGAGGAGUGGUGGGUUUGAGUUUGGAGGUUUUACUCAAGUGACAGCUUCAGCAUUUCUUGGUAGCACCUACAGCAUUCUGAUUACAUGCAGGUUCCUGGAAGGAGUGUGUCAAUCAUUUAGCUGCAUGUCAUCGGCUCAGCAGUGGGAAGGAAAGGGUACUGCUCUGACCUUGUGUAUUCUGACUCUUUGGAAACCAGGCCCUGCUUUUGCCAAGCCUCCCAUCCUGAGCUCUAAAUGGAAGGCCUUUCUAUGGGGUAGCUAAGUUUGGGAAGCCUAUGAACUGUGGGUCCUGCCAAGGUUCUCAAAGCACUUAUCCUCAGGAUAGGGAAAUAGCAGGGACGCCUUGUCCCCAAGACUUCUCCCCAACUUGGCUCCAUUCCUGCAUUCUGCCAUAGGAAUCACAACUUCCCACAUCAGGCCAUGCUUGCCUAAGACCUCGUUCUGUUCUCCCAUAAGGCCGUCCUUCCCACAGUACCUUAAGAUUGCCCAGCCUCCCUGCUCUAGUGGCUGGGGCUCCCUUACCAGAGGGGCAAGUCUGGCCCCUCAGUCCUUAACUGGAAAGUGACCCUCUUCUACCCCUGGAGUCCAUCUGGACAGAGCCAGCCUGAGGCCCACGGGCAGCUGCCUGUUUGCAUGCCUGGGAAGAGGUCCUCAGUGUGAGUUGGGGUCAAACUUGGGCUCCAAGCUGCUUGAGGGGGUCAACCUUGGACCAAAGUUGCCUUAAGCCCCAAGUAUAAAAGAGCUUAGGGGAAGGUGUAAGGGCCACAGGCUGGAAGCUGACAGCCUAGCAGGCACUCCCUUCCUCUCUUCCUUCUGCUGUGUUCCUAUAGCCACUGGGCUAAUCUCCCCCUUGCUUUAGGCUGUAUAUAGCCCCCCCCAACCCCCCAGCACAGAUCCCUGCCCAUGCUGUUCCCCUUAGCAGCCUGCCUGUUCAUAGAGCGUUUCCCCUCUUGCUAACUCCCCAUUUUCUCCGUGAGCUCUGACUCCUAUUUAUCAUAUACUCACUCUGACUCUGAGGAAGGCAGAGAGGUGCCACUUGGCCUACUUGCUUCCUGUCCCCAAGACAGUCCUUUUCUUCUGAAGUAAAUAUACAUAUAUAAAUAAAUGUAUAAAUACUGCUUUGUAUCUGCA